GACCGACCAUGAGUAAAAUUUACGAAGACAAUUCCCAAACCUUCGGCAACACACCUCUAGUUCGUCUAAACCGUAUCGGAAAUGGUCGCAUUCUGGCAAAAUUGGAAUCACGUAACCCCAGCUUCAGUGGAAAAUGCCGCGUUGGCGCUAGCAUGAUUUGCGAUGCUGAAAAACGCGGCAUACUUAGACCAGGAAAACAACUAGUCGAACCAACCGGUGGCAACACCGGUAUCGCUCUAGCUUCAAUCGCAGCGUCACGUGGCUACAAAGCAACAUUGGUCAUGCCGGAGACCAUGAACAUAGAAAGACGAAAACUAUUCAAGGCCCUAGGAGCCAAUCUAGUCCUUACCGAAGGAUCGGCCGGACUACAAGGCGCGAUUUCCAAAGCCGAAGAAAUCGCCUCAAGUGAUCCUGAACGAUUCGUGUUACUGCAGCAGUUCAGCAAUCCAGCCAAUCCAGCCAUACACGAGAAAACAACCGGACCCGAGAUUUGGCAGGAUACAAACGGAGCCAUAGACGUGUUCGUCGCCGCCGUAGGCACAGGUGGCACUUUCACCGGUGUCAGUCGUUAUCUGAAAACCAAGAAUAAGAGUAUACUUUGCGUAGCGGUCGAACCUUUCGAGUCUGCUGUCAUUUCCCAGACACUGGCUGGAGAAGAACUGCGACCAGGGGCACAUAAAAUCCCCGGAAUUGGUAUUGGAAAAAUUCCCGAUAAUCUGGAUUUAUCAUUGGUCGAUCGGGUAGAAAAAGUCACCGAUGAUGAGGCCGUCGACACAGCUCGUCGAAUUAUGCAACAAGAGGGUAUUCUGGCUGGCCUUUCAUCCGGCGCUGCUGUGGCUGCUGCGUUGAGACUUCAACAAGAGCGAGAGUUCGCUGAUAAGACGAUUGUGGUCAUUUUACCAUCUUCGGGUGAACGCUAUCUUAGCACUGUGUUGUUCGAUGGCAUGUUUACCGAGCCCGAAUUUAAAUCAAAUUGAUUCUUUUUUAGUACCUACGUACUUCAAAUCUACCGAUAAGAAUUUAUUCUGAAGUCGAAACC